AAGACUGAUAAGAAAAAAGGAGGAAAACGGUAAGAAUGGCCAAAAAAGAACAUUAUACUACAACAAUUAUCAAUGGAUUCUAUAAUCAAUUACCAGCUUUCUCAGAUGUGUUUGAUGAAGAAUCGUGGUAUUUAUUUGUAAUAUGUUUUGUGACAUUCACGUUAAUAGUUGUUUAUAUUUUAUCAAAGUUCAUUAAAUUACAACCUGUAGAUUGGUGAUAAAUAAUAUUUUUAGAAUUAGUUAUUUAAAUCAAAUUAUUUCAUUAUGUAAAAAUCUUGUUAUUUAUAAUAUUUUUAAAUAAAGAAUGCAUUUUGAAACUAAAAAUAUCAGUAAUAUUUUUAUUAUUUUAACUUAAUUAUAGAAUUGCUUUUUAAAUGUAUUCAUUUAAAUUUUUAAACUUUGAUCCCGACUAAAUUGCUUAUCUUACAAAUCAAAAAUCUUUAAUAAUUGAUUACU